AUGAACCGUCAUCCACCGUCCAAUUACGGGGAUGAGCCUCCCGCGUACUUGGAUGAGACGUCCUCAUUCUUAUCCGACGUCGAAUCUCCCUCAGCCGCGUCUCGCAAUGGGCCGACCAUGCGCCUGCUGCCAACCACCGGCAACGAAAGCGAUCUGAGUGGUACCAGUGCUCCUUCUUCCUAUCAACCAUCCUCCUACCAGCCAUCCUCCUACCAAUCAGACUAUAAUGAGACUACUCCGACCGGCCAGGCGCCUCAAUAUGAUGAUCGAUUCUAUCAGGUUCCCAGCGCGGUUUCUCCUACACGCCAAACUUCCAGUGUGGGCACCAUCCCGAAUAUGCCUCUUCCCGCUGGUAGUUUAGCAGACACCUCUGUUUACCCGUCUAUUCCCCCGCGAACGGGGUCUCCUACUCGGCCUUGGAGCCCGGGACACAUUCGCCCUCCGUCCGUGUCGAGUGUCGGCUAUGAACGGGCCGACCUCAAUGGUAGCCCGCGACCUGGUACUCCUAGCUCAAGAUAUGGCGGAAGUCCUCGACGACCCUUGCCUCCGGCUCCUCUGUUCUCGGGCCCUGCCCCUUCCAUGGGUGCCGAUACCAGCAUUGAUAUUGGAGACGGGGUUGUUGGCGAAGACCCAUUCGGUGGUGGUGGCCAGACCAUCAACCACGGAUCUCGCGCCAGCGUGCGCUCGUUUAUGAGCGAGUCGACCGUCAUGGGCGACGAAAAAGACGAGAUGUCCAAAGUCGAUCUGGAUCAAGACGACGAUGAAGCCAGCAUGAUCGAUCCCAACCUUCACUACGGUCCCGCGCCUGACAAGCAGGGACGCCGAGGCGUUCGCGACACCCAGAUGGUCAAGAAAGAAGUUCAAUUGAUCAACGGCGAGCUUAUCCUUGAGUGCAAGAUCCCGACCAUUCUACACAGUUUCCUGCCUCGUCGCGAUGACCGCGAAUUCACCCAUAUGCGAUACACGGCCGUGACGUCUGACCCGGAUGAAUUUACCGAGCGAGGAUACAAGCUUCGCCAGCAGAUUGGUAGUACGACACGCGAGACCGAGCUGUUUGUCUGUAUUACCAUGUACAACGAAGACGAGAUCGGCUUCACCCGUACCAUGCACGGUGUCAUGCGGAACAUCAGCCAUUUUUGCCAGCGCACUAAAUCUCGUACCUGGGGCAAGGAUGGCUGGAAGAAAAUUGUUGUUUGCAUUAUCGCCGAUGGUCGUAAAAAGAUUCACCCGCGAACCCUGAAUGCUCUCGCGGCCCUGGGCGUUUACCAAGAGGGCAUUGCCAAGAACGUUGUCAACCAGAAGCCCGUCACCGCACACGUCUAUGAGUACACUACCCAGGUGUCGCUUGACUCGGACCUCAAGUUCAAGGGUGCUGAGAAGGGCAUUGUGCCCUGUCAGGUCAUCUUUUGUUUAAAGGAGCAGAACCAGAAGAAGCUCAACUCUCACCGUUGGUUCUUCAAUGCCUUUGGUCGUGCCCUGCAGCCCAACAUUUGUAUUCUGCUUGAUGUUGGUACCAAACCCGAGCCAGAUGCUUUGUAUCACCUGUGGAAGGCAUUUGAUCAAGACUCCAAUGUUGCCGGUGCAGCCGGCGAGAUUAAAGCCGGGAAAGGAAAACACUGGCUUGGUCUCUUCAACCCGCUCGUUGCCAGUCAGAACUUCGAGUACAAGAUGUCUAACAUUCUUGACAAACCUCUGGAGUCGGUCUUCGGUUACAUUACUGUGUUGCCUGGUGCUCUGAGUGCCUACCGUUUCUUCGCAUUGCAGAACGAUGCUGACGGUCACGGUCCACUGAACCAGUACUUCAAGGGUGAGACUUUGCACGGUCAGGAUGCCGAUGUCUUUACUGCCAACAUGUACCUGGCCGAGGAUCGUAUUCUUUGCUGGGAGUUGGUGGCCAAACGAGAAGAAAGAUGGGUCUUGAAAUUUGUCAAGAGCGCGGUUGGGGAGACUGAUGUGCCCGACACUGUGCCCGAGUUCAUUUCGCAACGUCGUCGUUGGCUGAACGGUGCCUUCUUCGCUGCCGUGUAUUCCAUGUUCAACGCCAAGCAGAUCUGGAAGACAGACCACACUUUCGCUCGCAAGAUUCUCUUGCAUAUCGAGUUCGUGUACCAGACCCUCAACCUGCUAUUCACUUAUUUCGGUCUCGCCAACUUCUACCUCGCUUUCUACUUCAUUGCUGGUUCCCUUACCGACGAAAAACUUGAUCCAUUCGGCCACAACAUGGGCAAGUACAUCUUCAUCGUCCUCCGUUACGCUGUUGUUUUGGUUAUGUGUUUGCAAUUCGUCAUCUCCCUCGGUAAUCGACCUCAGGGUGCCAAAAACCUCUACCUCGCCGGCAUCAUAGUCUACGCCAUCGUCAUGUUCUACACCGUCUUCUGUGCCCUCUACCUCGUCGUGAUAGAACUCAUGUCCCGCGCCGGCGUAGGCGACUCCGACCUUGACGUCUCCAGCUCCCUAAUGAUGAACAUUGUCCUCUCCAUGCUGUCAACGGUUGGCCUUUACUUCUACAUCUCCUUCCUGUACCUCGACCCCUGGCACAUGUUCACCUCAUCCAUCCAAUACUUCCUCCUCAUGCCGUCCUACGUCUGCAUCCUCCAAGUCUACGCCUUCUGCAACCUCCACGACGUAACCUGGGGCACAAAGGGAGACAACGUCCUCAACACAGAUCUCGGUACCGCAAAAGUCGUCAAUGGCACAACAGUCCUGCUUGAAAUGCCCUCUGAACAACUCGACAUCGAUUCAGGCUACGACGCUGCCCUCCGCAACCUCCGUGAUCGCCUCGAGGUUCCUGAACCCCUUGUCUCCGAAUCCCAACUGCAAGAAGACUAUUAUCGCGCCGUGCGCACGUACAUGGUUUCCAUCUGGAUGGUAGCCAACGUCAUUCUCGGCAUGGCUGUUUCAGAAAUCUAUGGUAUUGAUUCAGGUGGUACGAACAUCUACCUCGCCAUCAUCCUCUGGUCUGUUGCUGUCCUCGCUGCUAUUCGUGCGAUUGGAUCAACGACAUACGCCAUCCUGAAUCUGAUCCACAAGAUCGUUGAAGGAAAGACCAAGUUCGAUGCCGGCAAUAUGACUAACUUCGCACCUUCAUCUUUCGGUGGAAGUUCCACGGGUACCUCGUCCGAAGGAGGUGGUUCUUCAAAACCGAUUCGGUAUUCCGGGAAACCCUCCAUUAAGGACCGCAUUACCGAGGCAAGAUGGGCUGCCAGUAGGACUGUGGGGAAGGCUAUGUUCUGGCGCAAAUAG